AUCUGGUUGGACAAACACCUCUGAGAGGCACGUUUUAAAUAAUAUUACACAAAGUCGGUCACAUUCACGCUUUAUGAAAACUGCCUGCCCUCAUUCACAGGGGUUUGGCUCCUGCACCGUUGGGGAGUGAAUGGGAGUGGCCAUGCACCUGUCAGACCUGUUCUGAUACAUGACUCCUGGUGGAUUGUCCUACGUGUUUGUCCUUUGUUCAACCUGUGCUUGUCCAACUGACAGAGGAUGGCGGAAACACCGAACCCGGCCACUACCUCCUUUCCAGUGCCGACUGUUUCUCUACCGAGCGGAGUUGAUAUAUUGAGGACGUACUCGGGGGCCCUGAUUUGUUUGGAAAUUGUGUUUGGAGGGUUGGUAUGGAUAUUGAUAGCCUCGACGAACGUGUCCGUGCCGCUGCUGCAGGGAUGGGUGAUGUUUGUGUCGGUAACCAUGUUCAUCUGUUCGUCCAUUUACCUCGCCCUCUUUCUGCUGGGCUUGGCUGACAAGAUUAACACAGACUGGAAUUUCAUGGAUAUGUUCUACCAUUUCAUCGCGUUGCUGUUUUAUUUUGGUGCCUUUUUGCUGGAGGCUACAGUUUCAUCAGCGGGUAUAUAUGUAAACAACACCACCUGUAUAAAAAGACCCCGUGGCAAUAUUGUGACGUUUCUGGACUAUCGGCAAUACAGUAUUAAUGUUGCUGCUGCGAUAUUUGCAUUUAUAGUGACAGUGUGUUAUGGCUGUAGCAUGUUCAUGGGCUUCAGGAGGUGGAGGAAAUGAAACACAGGAACUGGUGCAUAUGUAACUCAUCCAUAACAUGGAUGUUUGUUAACAUCAGCUGUACUUUUUUGGACAUUACACAAGGUGACAUCACUUCACUGGUUUACCACAAUGUCUCCAGGUUCUUAAUUCACAUUCAUGUAAAGAGUCAUAUAUAUUUCAAUUCUUGGUGAUUUGGGUGAAAAUUAUAUGAUAAAAUCAUUUUGAAAUGUUAAACUUUUUUUCAAGUGGUUAUCCUUAAAUUUCCCAGGUGAUCAAAGGUAAUAUUUUACCUUUGGAAAUCCAACUUUUGCAGGUUGAACCUAAAACAAUGUUCUUCUCUAAAAUAUUCUCUCUAUCAAUUCCCACCAGGCAAAAGCUUUGUCUUUUUUAAAUUUAAUCUUUGAAAAUGUAAUGUUAAGUACAGCUGUUUAUGUAAUAUGCAUAAUGCUAUUUUUAAAUUGUCUGUUUUUUUAUUUGCUGUAUUAUGUUUGUACAGAGUUUGUCAUCGUAUAUCACAUAAUAUAUAGCUUUAAUAAACCAUAGCCUUUUUUCUAAUGGCAUGUGUGAUGGAAUUUCUAUUCAAAUGUAACAAAGUAUUCCUGGCCCUGUUACAUGUGGUAUUACUUUACAUCUACCUUGAGAUUACUGAGGAAUAAUGUAGGGAAAUAUUGUGUAUUAACCACUAGAUGUCCCACUUUGCAAGUAUUAUACUAUAGUAGGCUAUUCAACUCUCUGGUUCUUUUGCAGAAGUACAUUGAUGUUUGCUUCUUUUGUCCAUUAAAAGCAAGAGCAAUGCAGCUGCUACCAGCACCCUUAAUAUACUGUGUAGGUGACAAAAAAUACCAAAUUACGGUGCUGAUACAUGCUUUACAAUGUUAAUGAAUCAUAUAGUCUGUUAAUUGAUUUGCAUUAAUGCUUUAGUUAAUAAGUAUUUCGAUUUGUUUUGAAAAAUAAAAUGUGCUAUUAAAUCAA